GCAGGGAAUCUUUGUUUAUGACAGGUAGGCUAAGUGUGUCAUGGUAUCAUGAUGUUGUAACACCGGAGCAGCCUAUACAAAAUUGAUGAUCUGUCACAUACACAAAGAGAGUACUUAGACCUGUAGGAGUGGCACACAGGUCCUAGGGUGUGUUUGUUACACAAUGGCAGGUGGGGUGUUUCAUGUGGAGUUUGGAAUCAAUGAGACCAACCUGACCCGAGCUCUGGAACAGGGAAAUUUUGUGACUGCAGAGAAAAUCAUCAGGGACACCAACAAUCCAUCCUACUUAGAUGAGGGUUGCUACCGCAGGACCCCCUUGUUUAUAUGUUUGUGUGGGAUGGAUGAAGAAGAAAAGAGAGUGCGCCCCAGAAACCUAUACCUUGCAAAGCUGAUGAUGGAGCAUGGUGCAAAUGUCAAUUUUAGAGUUCCCACCACAUAUUUUGGUUCUGAAUUUGAAAGUCCAGGCCUCAGUCCAUUGGAACUACUUACAGAUUUCUACAACGAACUAACAAAACAUCGUCACCACUACGGAAACGAGCCAUGGACAAUGUAUCACGGCGGCUGGGAUCCUCACAUAGAUGUGGUGGUAGGCCUCAAUAAACAGCACCUCACCGCCCUGGAGGAUGUCAUUGAACAUGUAGAGGACAUCAUGUUUGUAAUCCUCACCCAUGGUGGUGAUGCCAACAUCUCUGAUCUUUCAAAGCUGACUCCAUUACACAAAACGUCAAUAUUUAGCUAUGACAAUCGCCUGCUGAAACUGCUGGUGGAGAAUGGUGGUAACCUGAACGCCCUGGACACGGAGGGGAGUUCUCCCCUUCUGGCCAUGUGUGACAUCGCUGCCUCAGACAUGUACGACUAUCUGGAGGACUUGUCUCCCACCAGCGACGACACACUGGAGGAUACGAGCGCUAACCUCAGUGUCAAACACAACUUCCUCAACUUCAUGCUGUCACAAAAAGAUAUAGAGGUUGACAUAUCUAAUCGUCGUGGUCAGACGGCACUGUUUCACUGUGUCAUACGCGGGGACGUGGACGCCUGCUACAAGCUGCUGAAGGCUGGAGCAAGUCCCUCCAUCAGAGGUGUAGUGUGGGAAACACGCAAAAAGAAAAGAAAAUUGUCACCCAUCUUUGCAUCGUUCCUGUCCAUCCCCAUACAGCGGACACUGAGUUGGCAGAACAUGCAUCAUAAACUGGCCACUGCCCCUCACCAGUUUGGACACCUUGUAGACCUUGGUUUCUUCAACACAAAGGAAAUGGUGGAGGAAAUGACUUUUUAUAUCGAGCAUGAAUUCCCUGAGUUUUCUGAUCUAAAAUCAGUCAGUCAUAAACUUGUCAACUCGAUGUUUGGAAGGACGACAGCAACACUUCAGCAGCUUGCUGCUCGUAAGAUAUUUCACAGCUGUUUCCUUGAGGGAUCGUCAUCCCUUGGAAAACUGAUGCCAGCAGAGACUCUGAAGAACAGGUAUUCUAACGCCGAUCUGAAGCACUCAGAUGUUUAUGAUGAAUAUGUAACUCUUGGCCUCAACCAGGCUGUACUUCAGGCAUUGGUGAUGCGUUUAAACUUGCCACAAGACUCUCGGGUGAAUUUCAAAAUUGAGCUUUUACUCCACAGAAUGGCAAGUAAGUUCUCUACAUACAAGGUAUUACAGCCAGAGACAAUCUUCGGAGGGGAUGACAGUGACAACUCAAAUGAUAGCAACUCAGAGAGCCUGGACGAAGGCGACUCAGAUUUGGAGUACUGGUGAUCUAGGUCUCGGAUAUGUUUGAUAUAUGUAUGUUGUUUGAGGUCUCCAAUAUCUUUGAUAUAUAAGCUAUUAGGUAAAGGUUAUUUUAGUACCCCCACCUGCUCAUCAAGUGACAAUCGAUUUUAAAAUUAUGUACUUAAUGUCCAGUAAAACAUGCUUUGUAUUUUGAUGGUAAUUUAAUGGUAUUUUUUUUUUUUAAUAUAAAGUAGUUUUGACUAUUCCUGUAUUUCAUCUAGUUCAUUCCGACCAGUCAAUAGAUCAAAGACUAUUGCCUGGUUAGGGAGAACUAUUGCCCAUGCUGGGAAAUACAGCAGGUUGAUGAUGUUCUUUUUGAAUUAUCAUGGACACAAACGUUAUGUAAGACAUCAAUCGUAAAGUGGCAAACUAGAUCACCUUUAGGUCUGGUUUACAUUGUCAAUGAUUGUUCUGUUAUUACAUUGAGAAGUGGCGCUGAUAGCAACGUCAAAAUAUCAGAAUGCUUGAUAUCAUUACUUGAAUUUCAAGAAUAUGGAUGUGAUGUUUGCUUUAGGCUGUGAUAUAGAAUUGUCAAAAAAUCAUAUACAGAAUUGUCAAAAAUGAGGUUGUAAAACACUUACUUCAUGCGUGUGCAGGAAAAAAGUGUGAAAAUGGAGUAUUCUCCCCUUGGUGUUUGGACCAUGAAAAAGAAUGUUACCAUCAUUCUUAGGCACCAGGCAGUAUACCAGAUACUUUUGGUUGGGUUGGUCCAAACACUUUGUGGAGCAUUCAGAUUAUUGCCUGCACAAUUAUGAAAUAAAUGUAUGAUAAGCCAGGCACCACAGCAGCUAAUCGCAAAUUAAUUUAUACCAGCUGCUUUGGAUGUAUGUUGUUUCUAUACAAAAAAAUCAAACUUCUCUGGGCUUGAUCGCUAUGUUCUGCAUUACUUUGCAAAUUAAUUUUUCAACAUAUUGAGGCCUUGUCAUUUAUAGAGUUUAAAAUGUUCAUCACAAUAUUCCAUCCAAAAUCCUUUGUUACAUUCAUUUUACAAUGCAGUCGAAAUAUUUUGCUCUUGAGUGGAGAAAUAUCUAGCAGUUCUUUUAAAAUAUUACAUCAAAAUGACAUUUUUUCAGUGAUGGGAAGAACAAAAAAUACUUAACAGUAAAUAGAUGUUGUUGAUCAUGAACAAUUAUAUUUAUUGAAAUUGUGCUCAUAUGAGAAUAGCAAAAUGUGUCCAUUAUUCAAUGAUUAGCAAUGCAUCCUAUCCUUUAUUUUGUGCUGGGUGCUAUACAUAUCAAGUUUGUAUAUUAGUAUUACAAGGAUCUAGAUUUAGCUGUUAUUGCCCAAAUAAAGCAAAGUUACUGGAAACAAUGUCUUCAUUUGUAGCAUGUUGGGUGUUUGUUACAUUGUAAAUAUUCCUCGGUUGUGAAAACAUUGUUAGCUGCUAAACUAACAUUACUUAUUGAUCGUGUAGCUGUUUUACCUAUUGAUCGUGUAGCUGUUUUGCCUAUUGAUCUAGUAGCUGUUUUACCU